AUGCUUUCUCCCCAAUGCUACCUCAACGUGCUCGCUAUUGAAAUUAGCGUCCAUGACGGAUCUCGUGGCGUCUUUUCCUCGCCGGAGUUAUCCAACGAAGGUCUUUCGAGGGAAGAGAUGGAAGAAAUGGUAGAGAUGGAGGAUGGGACAUCGGUCACCAACUCGGAGAACUUCACUACCUAUGACAGGGAAGUCAACAUGAAGUCUGCGCAGCAAGCACAUAUCGAUGCCUUUGCUCUGAAUAUGGCCUACGGCGACCCGACGAAUGAAUCCUCCCUGACUCAAGCCUUCGACGCUGCCAACAUCACGGGCUUCCAACUGUUCUUCUCGUUCGACUAUGCGGGGAACGGUGCCUGGCCGAGGAGUACUGUCAUCAUUGACCAUCUCACCCAAUACGGGUCCAAUUCUGCCUACUACCAUUACAACGGAAAACCGCUUGUGUCUACCUUCGAGGGCGCCGUCAGCGCGGCAGACUGGAAUGAUAUCAAGACGGAGACGGGCUGCUACUUUGUCCCGGAUUGGUCUUCGCUAGGAGCAAAGACGGCGCUGGAGGCUUCGCCAGGCGUGCCCGAUGGUCUUUUCUCCUGGGCCGCAUGGCUGUGGGGACCUAAUGACAUGGACACCCACGUAGAUGCAUCGUACAUGCAGUAUCUGGACGGAAAGCCGUACAUGAUGCCGGUGUCACCGUGGUUCUACACCAACCUGCCCGGCUACAAGAAGAACUGGCUCUGGAACGGCGACCACCUGUGGUACGAGCGCUGGGAGCAAGUGCUGGAUCUGCAGCCCGAGUGGGUGGAAAUCAUCUCCUGGAAUGACUAUGGCGAGUCCCCCUAUAUCGGCCCCCUGCACGAGAAUGCCAUGGCGGCCUUUGAGAUCGGCAAUGCCCCGUACAACUACGUGAUGGCGUAUAUGCAUGAAGGAUGGCAAGACUUCCUGCCCUACGUGAUUGACCUCUACAAGACGGGAACCGCCACCAUCACACAGGAGGGCGUCCAGGUCUGGUACCGCAGGGCCCCAGGCGCCGCCUGUACCAAUGCUGGGACCAGUGGCAACACGGCCAGCCAGUUCCAGGUCAAAUUCCCGCCGACCGAGGUGCUCAAGGAUGAGUAUCGGCGGCGUGGUGCAAGAGGCCGGGGCAAUACCUACACGGUAGGGGAGUCCAAGGCUGUGGUUGCCCAGGCCGACGGUAGCCAUCUCAUCUAUAACGAUCCUCCCAACGGCCUCUUCCCAUAUCGCCGCAAGCGCGACCUAGCUGGCUCGUCAGAUCAACAUCAAGAGGAUGAGGACAGCGCUCCCCUUGCGGAUGCGGACCUCCUCCACGAGCCUGCACUCAACCCUACAAUCCGCCUCGACGACUUCCUGCUGCCGGCCACCACGCCAAACAACAACCUCAGGCGCCGCGCCGCACUCUCCGGGACCAGCUUCCUCGACUCGCGGGUCUACACCGACGUCCUGAGCUCAACCCCCGGCAAGAGCCACCCACCGACUCCACCGGCUACCCAGCAACCUACCAGAUCUACAUGCGCCCGGGGCGCGUCUUCUCACAAACCGACGAAUGCGACUACGAAUGGGGUCAGCUUCGAGGCCUACGAGCCCACCACGCCCGAGACCGGGCGCACGCCGUGCUACCCGGACGGAGCCUGGAGCGAGCAGUACUGUCCCUCCAGCAGCCUGGACCCUGAUCUGCCGGCUAGCAUCGACGGGGAUCGAGGUGUGAGGGAACACAUGCACGUCCACGGCGACGGCUGA